CAGAGACAGGCUGGUGUUGUUACAGAUAGCAUCCUUUGCUUUUUAUCGAUUUAGGUCACUGACGUUUUUCCCUUCAACAACUCGACUGUGCAUCAGCAGGCACAUACAAGGUAUUUAGGGAAUAGUGUAUGAUACCUGAUUAAACUAGAAAGCAGGAGAAUGGUGUGAAGAAGAAUGGGUGUAUAAACUUUAAAUAUCCUUCUAAAGGACAAAAAUAAUACAAUUAUCACAGAGAAGUGGCCUCAACUCCAUGCUGUUACUUUUUGUUGGAUCUAUGGCUUCCCCAGUAAUGGCCCAAGUUAGAACUGAUGGGCUUGAUGUUAAUGGAGAACAAUCUGGUGGCGGACAUGGAGACGCACCAACCAGUCUUCAAAUAGUUACUUUUAAGUGGCACCAUGUUCAGGAUCCCUACAUAAUUGCUCUUUGGAUAUUGGUUGCAAGUUUGGCUAAGAUUGUGUUCCAUAUAUCUCACAAAGUGACCAGUCUGGUACCUGAAAGCUGUCUUCUUAUAGUUCUUGGCCUUCUUCUGGGUGGUAUAGUGUGGGCUGCAGAUCACAUCGCCUCUUUUACCUUAACUCCAACAAUCUUUUUCUUCUACCUACUGCCUCCCAUCGUACUAGAUGCAGGAUACUUCAUGCCAAACAGAUUGUUUUUUGAAAAUCUUGGCACCAUUCUUUUGUAUGCUGUAAUUGGGACAGUAUGGAAUGCAGCAACUACAGGCCUCUCUCUAUAUGGAGUUUACUUGACUGGAAUAAUGGGAUAUCUCGAUAUUGGUGUGCUAGAUUUUCUACUAUUUGGAAGUCUAAUUGCAGCAGUUGACCCGGUGGCUGUCCUUGCAGUAUUUGAAGAAGUCCAUGUCAAUGAUGUCCUGUUUAUCAUCGUUUUUGGAGAAUCUCUUUUGAAUGAUGCUGUAACAGUGGUGCUGUACAAUGUAUUUGAUUCGUUUGUUGCUAUUGGAGGUGCAAAUGUGACUGCUGAAGAUUGUGUAAAAGGUGUUGUGUCAUUUUUUGUUGUAAGCAUUGGUGGAACAUUAGUUGGAAUUAUUUUUGCAUACAUUCUCAGCUUGGUUACUCGAUUUACCAAACAUGUCAGGAUUAUCGAACCUGGAUUUAUUUUCAUUAUUUCAUAUCUUUCUUAUCUUACUUCAGAGAUGCUUUCACUUUCUGCAAUCCUUGCAAUUACCUUCUGUGGAAUUUUCUGUCAAAAAUAUGUAAAAGCUAACAUAUCUGAACAAUCUGCAACUACGGUGAGAUACACAAUGAAAAUGUUGGCAAGUGGCGCUGAAACAAUUAUCUUCAUGUUUUUGGGAAUAUCAGCUGUUGAUCCAAAUAUUUGGACAUGGAAUACGGCCUUUAUACUAUUAACUUUAGUUUUCAUCUCUGUUUACAGAGUUAUUGGCGUGGUCAUUCAAACGUGGAUUCUUAACCGCUACAGAAUGGUUCAGCUGGAAAUAAUAGAUCAAGUUGUCAUGUCAUAUGGCGGUCUGCGUGGUGCUGUUGCCUUUGCUUUAGUGGCAUUAUUGGAUAAAAACCGAGUUAAAGAGAAGAACUUAUUUGUCAGCACAACUAUCAUUGUUGUAUACUUUACAGUCAUCUUUCAGGGCUUAACGAUUAAGCCAUUGGUGCAAUGGUUAAAAGUCAAAAGAAGUGAGCACCGGGAAAGAAAACUUAAUGAAAAGCUGCAUGGCAGAGCAUUUGACCACAUAUGUUCUGCCAUUGAAGAUGUUUCUGGUCAGAUUGGACACAAUUACAUGAGAGAUAAGAUUUCCAACUUUGAUUCAAAAUUUCUUAGCAAAAUUUUUAUGAGAAAAUCUGCUCAACAAAAACAAGAUCGGAUUCUUAAUGUCUUCCAUGAAUUAAAUAUGAAGGAUGCCAUAAGCUAUGUUGCUGAGGGAGAACGGAGGGGCUCACUAGCAUUUAUUCGUUCAUCAAGCACUGAGAAUAUGGCCAAUGUUGAUUUUAGCAGUCCGCGACCAUCGCUCAGUGAGCCAUCAGUGUCUUACCUUUUGAGGGAAAACAUCAGUGCAGUAUGCCUAGACAUGCAGGCACUGGAGCAAAGGAGAAAAAGUGUGAGGGACAUAGAAGAUAUUUUAAGCCAUCAUACUCUGCAGCAAUAUCUGUACAAGCCAAGGCGACAGCAAAAGCAUCUCUACAGUCGUCAUGAGGUCACCGUGGAUGAGGAUGAAAAACAAGCCAAAGAAAUAUUUCAAAGAACAAUGAAGAAACGCUUAGAAUCUUUCAAAACAACAAAAUUUGGUCGUAAGCAUGUAAAAAAGAUCAAUAAAAACUACAAAAAAGAUUUUGGACAACGAAGAAGCAGUACAAUGACUAUGCUACCCAAUGGAAACAUUUCUAAUAAUAUGACAGUUCAUGACAUUGAAACUUAUGAUGAAGAAAAAACUAUGGAAUAUGACCCUGAAAUGAACAACUGCAUUACAUUUUUUGCAUCUUUAGCAGACAGCAAGGGGCAGAUAGAUACAGGCCUAGGAAUUGAUAACCCAGUAUUUUCUGCAAAUGAGGAGGAAAAUAUUUCUCUAAAUUUUGCACCAUGGUUCUCCAGUGAAGAUGCAGUAGCUCCAUCACAAAGGGCCCGAGUACAGAUACCAUAUUCACCAAACAAUUUCAGAAGGCUUACUCCUUUACGCAUCAGCAAUAAAUCAGUUGAUUCCUUUUUGACAGCAGAUAUUGCAGAAGAGCAACCCCGAUCUUUCCUGCCAGAAUCAACAAAUAUGUAAUAUAUGUAUAGAUUAAAAAGAAAACGUUGACACCCUACCCUACAAUAUCUAUUCAUAUUAAGAAGACGAUACUAUAGAAACAAUAUACUCUCAUAUACAAUAUAGUGUUGAUUUUUCAUAUUUACAUAUUUGUGUGUGUUGUAGGCAACUUUUAAAUCAAUUGUCAUUUUAAUGAUCUAGCUAUCAGACAGUGUGACUUAACCGUUUUGUUAACAUAUCCAUAUACAGUAGCAAUGUAAUAACUUAUACAUUUUAGGUGGCAUGUCAAACAUUGGAUGGAUGCCCCAAAAGUAAUCUGUGUUGGAGUUAUAUGUAGUAGAUUUGGUAUAAUGAAUAUUGGACCGUUUUAGCAGGAAACAGUAGGCCUAUCUGCUUUUGUAGGAUAAUUCCACUGUGAGGGUUUUUACAUAUUUAGCUUUCAUUGUAUUUCAUUCUCUCUUACAAAAAUACUAUUGCAAAUUUCACAGUUACAUGUAAAAUCGCACCAAUAAGUGUCAUCAUUGUGUCUGUUUGUUUUCCCAAAAUGUACACCCAAUCUAUUAUGUCUCACAGAACAAAAUAAAUGCAUAGUUAUAUUUUAUUACAAAUAUAAUCACUUCAACAUAUAUUAUUUAGUUACUAUAAAUGUGCAGGAUAAUUUUAUAAAACAUUUGCUUGAAUGUUUCAGAGCCCUAGCCCAAUGGGCCCUAGCGAUUAGGCAGUAAAUAGGUCUGAUUAGAACAAUAAAAAAGUAGCCGCAAAAAGCUGGUGCCUGUGGCCCCUCAUUUGAAAGCUAGGCAGAAGAGAAAGCAACUAAUUCAAUAAUUUAAAAAACAGCUGGGACUUUCUAUAACAUACUAAAAGUUAACUUAUAGGUGAACUUUUUUAAAUUAAAAAGCAAUUUAGAGAUAACUAUGUUGUAGGGACA